AUGUCGGUAUCGGGAUCUGCGCCGCCGAGAUCCCAGGCCGUCGAAGAGAGCGAGGGGUGCCAGGAACUCGCCACAGCCGCAGACACCCUCAACGCAGACGCCUGCGCCCGCUGCAGGGUCCAACUCAUUGCGCUAGCCGAUCGAGGGGCAUGGCGCACGGCGAACGGUGUCGUUCGCGUCGAUGUGAUCUCGCCUGGUAACCAAAAGGCUGUCGGCGACGUGGCGGACGUCGUGUUUCGAGAGUUGGUAAUUGCAGAACGCAGACAUGUGUUUGAUACGUUUGGACGCCUAUUCUGCGGGAUGAUGGUCCUCUCCUUCGGCAGAGGUCGGCGACGAAGUGAUAUCCAUGGCAAGAUUAUGAUCGGGAUAUCCAGCGUCAUGUUCCUCAUAUCGACACUGCACUUGAUCCUGGGGAUGUAUCGUCUACAGCAAGCCUUCGUCGCGCACGCAGGAUACCCCGGUGGUGUCAGUGCGUACAUCGCUAACGUGAUGAGAUGGGAAGAUGUCGCGACGAACAUUCUCUAUGGGACGCAAGAGGUGUUGGGUAAUGCCGCUGCGGUAUACAGGUGCUACGUCCUCCGGAGCAAGGACUGGCGUGUCAUCGCCCUCCCGCUUAUGCUCCUAGUCGGCAGCUUGGUAUCCGGCUGCACGAUGAUCCCACCCCUCGCUGCGGCAGAUACGCCGGCGACCCUCCCCAUAGACCGCUCGAUCAAAGCCUUCUACUCCCUCGCCGUCGCGCAGAACAUCCUCACCACCGGGCUGAUGGCGUUCCGCAUAUGGCGCACAUCGUCGGAGUCCGCCAAGUACUACGGGAGAGAGAACACCCUGAUCCCGAUGAUCCGGGUCCUCAUCGAGUCGGCGGCGUUGCAGCUGCUCGUCGAAGCGCUGACGCUCGGGCUGUACGCAGGAGGAUUGAACGCCGUGCUCCUCCCCCAGGGCAUGGUGGCGCCCGUCGUGGGACUAACGUUUAACGCUAUAGCCAUAAUAGCCAUUCGUAUCAAGCUUCGCAUGGUGGUGGACGAUAAUACUACACACUUGAAGGUCGAUCCCGUGCAGACGAUUGGGAGCAUGCCUAAGAAGCGCAUCACGGUGGACACUGUCACCGAGAUAGGUAUUGAUGUGCAUCGGCGGGAGAGCUCGACGCCGACACCCAGCGUUCUGUCAAAAGAAGAAGCAGCAUAA